CGCAUUGACCUAAACUCAGGUAAGACGGAUAUUUUUAGAUGUGUUCAUAACUCGUAGACCUCCGAGAGUAUACCUGGCGAUGUGGUUGAUGACAAAUGAUGGAUUGUAUGACGUCAUCGCUGCGAUAUCAUCACUGGUAACCAAGUAUCUGGAUUGCGCCACCUGGUGGAGAGAAUGUAAGAAUCUAGGGGAAGUGUGAAGGUAUUGAAGAGUUAUAAUUAACUGAGGGAGAACUUUCCUUCAUCUUCAUAGCCCCUCCCGCCAAGGAUGAGGGUUGAGAGUUUAUGGGCCGUCGGGGGGACACUCCUGGCCCUGGUGUCCAUUGCGGGCGCGGACGAUCUUCUACAGACGCUGUUCGCCGCCGGCCUUAUUGUCCCUGUUAUUGGAUUUUUCACCGGUGGGGUUCAGCUCACACCGGCUCAACUAGCGGCUGCUUUUAUCGGCGCCAUCGCCGUCACGUCGGACAAGAUUCCUCCCUUUUCUUCUUCGUCUUCAUCGUCAUCGUCAUCAUCAUCCGGGACACCGGUGGCAAGUCCUGUAGUUCUUGGAAGCGCAUAUAGUGGAGGAACUGGCACCGGGACUGGAACGGGAACCGGAACUGGAACGGGCACAGGAACUGGAACGGGCACAGGAACUGGCACGGACACCGGAACUGGAACGGGCACAGGAACUGGUACGGGAACAGGAACUGGCACGGGAACCGGAACUGGCACGGACACCGGAACUGGAACGGGCACUGGAACUGGUACAGACACCGGAACUGGAACAGGUACCGGCACUGGAACAGACACAGGAACUGGAACAGGAACUAACACAGGAGCAUGGUGCACCACCGCAGGAUACACGUACGACCAGACGGCCGCCGCCUGCUACAAGGUGGUGUCGACCCCCGCCAGCUGGACGGACGCCACCGCGGCGUGUACGGGAGACAGCGGGCACCUGCUGAAGGUGGACAGUGACGCCAGAUACAGCUUCCUGGUCAACCAGAUCACUUCGGGUUCUCUACAGACCGUCUACAUCCAAGGCAAGCGGGCAGACGUCAGCUCGAAUUUCCUCUACGACGACAACAGUCAGAUCACUUACUUUAAGUGGGAUCAGAACGAGCCGUCUACUGGCGCCACGGACCUGAAGAUCCGAACCAACCAGUCCACCAACCUGUGGACAGCCGUGGACGGGACGGACACCGCCGCUUAUAUCUGUGAAAUAUACGACACCACAAGCGGCUAGCUGCCAUUAAUCAUGGCGGUAGCGUAAUAACCAUAGGGCAAUACGAGGAGCGGGAUGUUGGGGAUUAACGUUAUAACGAUAGGCCGUAGUGAUAUAUAACUUGGAAUUGUGACAGUGCUUUAGAACUUUGAACUUGGAUAAUUAUAGAACUUUAGCCGUAAAAAGGCAGCGUUUUGAGGCUUUGAAUCGAGCCGUAAUUACAGUAGAAAACAGUACAUUCGUAUUAUAUAUAUAUAAGAAGAAAGUGAUAAUGUUAUACAAAAAUUUGUUUUGAAACAAUACUCUAUAUAAGCAGUAAAAAUCAAAACUGUGUAAUAAGAACAAUGGUAAAUCAAAACUUUUCAGAAUCUAUCAAUUAUCAACAGCGAACUGUAAACGUGUAAUAUUAUUAGACACCGGUAAAAAUCAGCAUUUUAGAUCAACGCAUUGAUAACCAGAUAAAAUAGCUUGUAAAACAAAACUCUCAUUUACAAGGGAAAUCACUGUUAAGAGUAUGUGUGGUUAUUGAAUAUGAAUAUUUUAGCAUUUGUAGAUUUGCGCCUUCCCGAAAAAUACUGUAAACGUACUACAUUUGGUUGUGUAUUCUAUUUAGCGCUUUUGGCGGAAUGCGGCUUCCGCUAAAUCAAGUACAUCGCUAAAUGUCAUUAAUAUAUGUAUAAGAAUAGGAACAUUCAGGAAUGCGCUAAUUCAAAUUCACUCCAACUUGUUUAAAAACUAAUUUCCGCCAAAUAUCGUACACGCCAAAUAUAAUACGUUUACAUUAAUCUCGCCGACGAAAAUACAUUGCUACGUUAUAUCCGCAAAAUUAACCCAUGAAAAUAAUUAUCUAAGUUUACAAUAUUCAGUUCGAAAUCUUUUGGGUCUAGAUAACAGAAUGAGUAAAAAUAGUGUUCAACAUUUACUUUACAUAGCUUGAGUUUUGCACUAAUUGUUCAUUUUUGAUUUAUCGUUAUGUUAUUCCAAGUAAUAAAAAUCAUUAAAUGUU